GGGUGGGGUGAGGAGACAUUGUGUGGCCCCUGAGAUGGCCACAGCCUGAGCUCCCCCAGUUUCCAGCCCAACCCCCAGUAUCCCCGUCCCUCUCUGAGGAGCCCCUGUGCCAGGUCAUUCUGAUUUCAGCUCCUGCCAUUUAAGAGGAAAUACAGGGAGAAAAUGCUGUCGAAACAGGCAAAAAUCAAACCUGCCCCAGUGGCUGAGGGGGGUGCCAACCCAGCGGCUGCCCCAAAGGGGGAAGCUGGGCCAGAGGCUCCCAAGAAAGGGGAGGCCAGCCAAGAAUGCCCAAAGAGUAAAGAAACUGGGCAGGAGGCCCCCAAGAAGGGAAAGGCCAGCCCAGAGGCCCCUCAAAAGGGAGAACCCAGGCAAGAGGCCCCCAAGAAGGAAGAAGCCAGGCAGGAGGUCCCCAAGAAGGGAGAGAUCAUCCCAGAGACCCCCAAGAAGGGAGAAGCCAGGCAGGAGAUGCCGCAGGAGGGAGGGGCCAGCCAAGAGGCCCGCAAGAAGCCCGUCUUCCCCUUUGGCAAAGUUCCUUUCAGGCCUCAUCACUGGCAGCUGCUGACGUUGAUUCUGGGGGUCUGUAGUCUGGUGUUUCUCAUUGUACUGCUGGGCUUGAUUGGCAAGUAUUUGCAUGUUUUGGAAGCAACAAGGAGAAAGAUGGCGAUGCUCCAAGGACAGACCCAGAAGAUCAAGGAUUCAGUGAAGAAGCAGGCAGGAGGCAAAGGCAGUAGAUGCGACUCCUGUCUGGACACCUGGGUGCAGCGUGGUGACACCUGCUACCUUUUCUCCAAUAUGAGUGCAAAGUGGCCAGAGUGUGUAGAGCAUUGUAAGAAGCAGGGUGCCAAACUCGUUAAGAUGGACUCUCAAGGAGAAAUGGCGUUCCUCAAACGGGAGACGCGUAAAUUGUUCCGUGUCGAGUUCAGGUACCGCCGGCACUACAGUUACUGGAUUGGCCUGACCUACAUAGCCAGCCUCAAGAAGUGGGUCUGGCUGGAUGGGUCACCAUUCACGUUGGAUCUGUCUUCUGUGGGAGCACAAGCUGUCUAUGAAGCAAAUGACACUUGUGUGUUUUUUAUACAAGGAAUGUCCCAUGCUAAGGAUUGUAUUAUAAAACACUACUGUCUCUGCAAGAAGAACAAGUGAGCAAGGUCACUUCUGAUGAAAUUGAAAAUGAUUUCUCAUGCCCUGGAGAAUUAACCUGGAUUCCCUGCUCUGAUGGCCCUCUUAUUCCAGAGAAAUACAAUUAAAUUAUUUGUAAAUACAAUAAAUAAAAGUUUCUUAAC